UCUCCUUGUUUUCUCCUAAUUGGUUCCAUCCCCCAAGAUUAAAAUCUCUGCCUCCCACUGAUCUCUCUCUCUCGUUCUCCGGGGAAUUGUUCGAGGAGAGAGAUCAUUGAUCACUAUGGCUUCUGAAUCCAGUCACAAUCAACAACACAACAAAGGAGAAUAUCAAUCAUCCGAAAGCACCCAUCAUGUUCCACCUUCAGCAAGCCAUGAUCUUAAUCCAGGGGCAGGAUGUCCUCCAGCUAUGGGUUAUCCUCCUUCAAUGGACUAUCCACCACCACCACCAGGGCAAUAUCCAGGUUAUCCACCGCCAGGUUAUUAUCCCUAUGCACAAGCACCACCUGCAGCAGCCUAUUAUAACGCAACAGUACAUCAACAACAAGGAUAUGAAAGGUCAUCAGGUUUCUCACGAUGCUUCCUUACAACAAUAAUAUUCUUGACGUUGUUAAUAUUUACGUCAAGCAUCAUUAUGUGGCUUGUAUUGCGCCCUCAACUUCCUGUUUUUCACGUUGACAACUUCUCGGUAUCGAAUCUUAAUGCCACCUUGCCUACCUUCACGGCUAAUUGGGAAGCGAAUUUAACAGUUCGAAAUCCGAAUACCAGGUUGAAAACAGAAUUUAGUGAAUUACAAAACUUUGUGUUUUACAAAGAAGAUUAUCUUCUUGCUUCAGCUAUAACUUCCCGGCCUUUCUCCCUGGAAACAAAGACGAGCGGUGUAAUAAAUGCCAAGCUAUCAGGGAAUAACAAGGAUAACUUGGUGGAGAACUGGGUGGUGGAUAAAUUGGCCAAGGAAAGGAGCAAUGGAUCAGUGAGUUUCAAUUUCAGGAUGCUGGUUUGGACUACGUUUAGAUCAGGUUUAUGGUGGAAAAGGCAUUUAAGCAUGAAAGUUAUGUGUGAGGAUAUUCAGGUUACUUUUGUGGGUGCUUCAGGUGAUGGGAAUAUUGCAGCCAAUGGACUUAGGGACUGCUUAGUUUUUGUCUAGUUAAUUUGUAUGUCACAGAAAGGAAAAAGAAAAAAAGAGUCGCCAUAUGAAAACGGAUUUCUUUCCUCUUUCAAUUUCCUCUUGAGCUUCUUAGCUAUCAUCAUCCAUGGAUGGAUGUAUUAUUUUGAGAUUCUGGAAUCACUAGGAAGAUUAGUAGCAAAAGUG